CAUGCCUCGACCUGCGGACCCACUUGCACGGAUUCAUUUCGAUUGUAUAGAACGCUUUAUUUCGGAUAGACCACUAGCCAUCGACCGUGGAUGCACAUGGAACGAGGGGGUGCAAUUCUGAACCACUUGUACCGCUCAACAGUGACAUUGUUCUCUUGAGCUGAUCGAUCCAAAAAGCUCAUGGUCAUCCCCGCAGGCUUUUUCUGGCUGGGUUUACUCUAGAAAUAGGCCAUGUCAACAUGGCAAAAAACAUUACAUCUGUAAAAUGAACUUCCCUUAUUCAAAAUAUCAUUGCUACCACAAGCGCGUGCAGAGCCAGUCCAAGGACAUGUACUAUGAGGGCAGUACCAAUACCAGCACCAGCAUCGGCACUAGCAGCACUAGAGCCGACACCAGCGCCCAGGAUCCGAAACAGGCGAGCACAGUGUCAAAACUGGCCAUCACACAUCACACAUCACACAUCACACAUCCCCCCACACCAUGGCAGCAGCCACGAUUCCUAAUCUAAAGAGUCCAAUGCCUAACAGCGCAGGGCCUGCAGCGACACAAGAGUCCGUAUAUGUCGCUACAACAGAUGCCAUACAGCUAGCACCUGAACUCAACUUCUCGAUUACCCACAUCCUUCGCUCAAAGGAUCCACUUGAUGCCCAGGAGUUCAGCUCUGUCGAAUACAUCAACAAAAUAUUUCCCAAUGAACACUCUCUGGCAGCGGUGGACCAGGUGCUUGCGAGACUACAAGCAAAGGCCACGCAGGUCCAGGAGGAGCUGCGUGAACUGACUCGAGCGCAAACAGAUGGCGGCCAGAAAGGUCAGGAAGAAGUCGAAGCGGCAAAAAAAGGCAUCGAGAUGUUGUUCUUCAAGAUCAAGGAGAUCAAAGAAAAGGCAACCCAGUCGGAACAAAUGGUUCAGGAAAUCACCCAGGACAUCAAGAGUCUCGAUUAUGCCAAGCGCCACCUCACUACAUCCAUUACAACACUCAAACGUCUGCAGAUGCUGGUUACCGCUGUGGAUCAGUUAAAGGCCAUGGCUCAGCGCAAGCAAUACAGGGAAACUGCUCAAUUGCUUGAGGCGGUCCUUCAGCUGAUCCAGUACUUCCGAACUUUUCAAAACGUACGGCAGAUCGCCGAACUCACAGAAUCUGUGGCCAAGCUGCAGGUAGAGCUCGAGCACGAUAUUGUCAAGGACUUUGAGCAUGGUUUUACUCAGGACGGAAUACUUGUGGGCAACGCCGGUCAGCUCGCCAGCGCAUGUCUUGUCAUUGACAUUCUGGGCGAAGACGUCAGACGUAGCCUUGUUGAGUGGUACUGCAAAUUACAGUUACGAGCCUAUCGAUCGGUAUUCAAACCAAACGAGGAGGUAUCAGCGCUGGACAAUACUUCUAGACGCUAUGCAUGGUUGAAGCGGCUUCUCAAGAUCCACGAUGAGGAGCAUGCGCAUAUUUUCCCCCCAGCCUGGGAUGUCUCCCGUGUCUUGUGCAUGCAAUUUUGUGGAAUCACCAGAGCCGAUCUUGCCGAUAUCCUGGCAAAAACUGCAUCAACUGUGGAGGUUCCUUUACUAUUGCAAGUUCUGCAACUCACGCUAGAGUUCGAGACCCAGCUUGAGAACCGUUUCUUGUGCAGGGAUGUCGAUUACGCAUUAAAUGAGGAGACUGACGGUGCAGGCUUCGCAGAGAGUAUAUCGCCUUGUUUCGAACCAUACCUCAGCCUUUACAUCGAAGCGGAAGAUAAGGCAUUGGAAGAAAAAAUCGCCGGGUUUAAACUUCAGGAACCAGUACCGGAAGACGAUCUCUCGAUUACUGUCCUGGCUUCCAGUACAGAUAUUUUCCUAUUCUACAAGUCAGCCUUGACCAAUUGCGCUAAGAUGUCACGCAAGAAGCCUUUUCUGGAUCUCUGCACAGUCUUUGGAAAAUGGCUUCGAGUGUAUGCCAACGACGUCCUCAUGGGAAAGCUCCCCAAGCAAGGAGACAAGCGUCCCAUUAAUAGGGAUUUCCUACGAUCUAUCUGCAUCAUCCUCAACACUGCUGAUUAUUCCCUUACCACCACCAGCCAGUUAGAAGAGAGGCUAUGGGCAAAUAUCGACCCCGAGUUUGUGGACCAAGUCAGCAUGGAAUCGGAGCGUCAGGCAUUUCUACACAUCAUUUCUGCCUGCACGAAGGCUCUGGUUCGGGCAGUAGAGAACCACUACGAACCCGCGUUGCAUUCUAUGUCGAAGCUGCCUUGGGCCACAGUAGAGAAUGUCGGGGACCAAUCGGAAUAUGUUUCCAUGAUACAGGGAACACUUGUGACAUGCGUUGGAGCUACUCAGGACCUCAUUACCAAUAAGAGAUACUUCAGAACAUUUUGUGACAAGCUCAUUGAAUCGUUUGUCUCUAGGUUCGCAAUCAACCUCACGAGAUGCAAACCCAUAUCUGAAAUUGGAGCGGAGCAAAUGCUUCUAGACACUCAGGCUGUCAAAUCGUCCUUACUGGAGGUUCCUAAUCUGGGAUUAGAGUCCUCCGUGCCAAUCCCUACCUCCUUUGUCAAAUUUGUCAGCCGAGGCUUGGGCAAGAUCGAGACAAUUCUCAAGACAGCUAUGAGCCCGCAUGAACCACUCGACAUGUUUAUCGACCAUUACUUUUUGCUAAUUGGCGAUCGGAAUCUAUCAAAUUUCCAACGAAUUAUUGAGCUCAAGGGACUAAAGAGAGCGGAGCAGCAACAGAUGGUUGACCACUUUCAAAAGAAGCAGGCUGGUAUGGAGAACCUACAGGAAAACUCGCCAGUCAUGUCCUUGCUACAAGGAAUGCCAGCACACGUCUCCAGUCAAGGUGUUGUGGGACCCACAGCUGGACUCGCUGGAAACAUGUCUGGCAUGGUCCUUGGGGGGUCCUCAGGCCCUGCUGGAUUGAUGACGCCCAGUGGUCCAGGAACAGGAGGCGCCCGAGACAACAAUCCCUAUCAGCUUGGAAACAUUGUCACAUCCAGCAUUUUAAGUCAUAGUCCCUUUGCUGCUCUUGCUGCUCAGCAUCUCAACUCACCUGGCAAUAGUGGCGCGAACGCUCUUGGUGGUGAGUUGGUCACCAGUGGCGGUGGAUUGUUUGGGUUGGGACAGGAUAAGGAUUCAAAUACCGCAUCAGGUACAGGAGCAGCCAAUGGUGCCAGUCAGAGUGGGCAUGGGCAACUAGGUGGGUCUUUUGCAGCCAGUACCAAGAUCAACGUCAACAUUCGCAAGUUUGUUGCAGGCAUGAGAGCCAAAAAGGAUCAAGACUCGGCUCCUUCAGGGACAUCAAGUACUCAGCCAUAAGGCACAACAGAAGUAAUAAAAUUAGGCGUCAAAUACAUCUCAAUAAACGCGUG